CCAGUGGUCCAGAUCUUCUGGAGGAUGGUGAGAAGUGCACGCUGCUGGCGCUCGCGCAUUCUCUCCGUCUCUUUUUUCGCUGUAUCCACCGACAGCCAUUUGUCAAAAACGCCCGUUGGCCUCGGUUUACUUUUCAUUCUUUUCUCGUACGGUGCGGACGGUGCUCUCUCCGGUGUGAUGGUCUCUACGUGUGUGCGCGCGCGCACCCCAUUACUGGUGAAGAACGGUUGAAAGCAACAGAGUAGGCACGACGGUGUGUGUGUGUGUGUGUGGUGUGGCGUGUUAGGACAGUUUUCCUUGUUCGGGAUUGAAAGCUGUGUGAUUAUUGUGGACAGUAUCUAAUUUCUCAUUAUUGCACAAAAUGAUUGCACACGAAAAGCGCAUGAACAACGUGCUCCGCGAUGGCGUCGGUGUCGGCGGCGGCCACAGUUGGUUGCAAUGUUGCGACAGGCGGCGGCUCUGGUGGUCAGUGAGCGGAAAAUGGAAGCUUCCCGGCAUAAAAUAGGAACACCUUUCUAUUGUGAGAUGAGCUAACACUUUACCAUUGUUCGAUGCUGGAUUCGAUUAAUCUGGCCCUCAACCUAUUGGCAUCUAAACCCCGAGUAAGGGAAGCUAAAAAGCCAGCCAUGCUGGAGUUGAAGAGAGAGGUGCGCCGUGAUGAUGGAGAAAAUGCCGGUCGUGGAAUGUGCGUGUAGGAGAAUGUCUGUGUGAAUGUACGAAAUUUGGGGGACGUCGUCUCCAAAAAGCAAGAUGAAGGAGUCGGGGCCACCCUGCAGGUCUCCCUUUUCUGGUAGGUUUUGUUUAUCUCACGGGGUUUCGUGGCUUCAAGAUGAACAGGAAAAGAACUUUUGCUUCGCAUCGUGUUUCCUAAAGUUUGCAAUUCCUACGGCAGCAAAAAGGAGAUGAAUUCCGGCCCGUUUUGUGCGUGUUAGCAAAUAUUCCAACCUCGCGAAGGGUUUCAAAUUUCGGAAGAAGCUACUUCAGAACUGGAUGACUCCAAGCAUAAAGAAGAAACGCAUGUUUGUGUGGUCUUAAUGAGGGAGCGCCUUUGGCUAAUGGCUGCCUGCUCGGGGAUCGAUCCAUUCCGUGAGAGAGUGCGCGCGCCCACCAGGGAGCAACAGUGUGUGAAGUACGAAUUUCCUCUGGACCGUCCAUCCUGUACCAUCCGACCUCCCCCACCACCAGCAUCACACCACCAAUCUAAGCAGCAUGUGCUCUCCUCCUCCAACGCCGAUGGCUGCAGCGUUUGCCUUUUCACUGGUGGAUUUGGCGGAACACCAAAAAGAGGCUCUUCUUCAGCGAUGGAAAAAUACGCGCCUGUGUGGUGCCGGUGGUCUUUCUUUAUACGAUGCCCCGUUUCAGAACGACGAGACGACGGCGGCCGCGGGACAGACACACUGGACUGGACAAUUGCUGGAGGAUAGCAGCAGCAGCAGAAGGAGGGAAGAGCGCACACAAACAUGGCAGCAUCCCAGACGGUCGUCGGCUCCGGGAACGGCGGGACACAGUCUGGACUGCGGGAGUUCGUCGAAGGAUGGACGUUGGCCCAGACGCUUGGCGAAGGAGCUUACGGAGAGGUGAAGCUGCUGAUUAACCGACAGUCCGGUGAGGCGGUAGCGAUGAAGAUGGUCGACCUGAAGAAGCAUCCGGAUGCGGAAAGCUCGGUCAAGAAGGAGGUGUGCAUACAGAAAAUUCUUCAGCAUCAAAACAUUCUCAAGUUUUUCGGCAAACGCACGCAGGGUGACAUCGAGUACAUCUUUCUCGAGUACGCUGCCGGUGGUGAGCUGUUUGAUCGAAUCGAGCCCGACGUUGGGAUGCCACUUCCCGAGGCACAGCGGUACUUCAAUCAACUGUUGGCCGGUGUCGAUUACCUGCACACGCGAGGAGUGGCGCAUCGCGAUCUGAAGCCGGAAAACCUGCUGCUGGACGAGCAUGACAACGUGAAAAUAUCGGACUUCGGGAUGGCCACCAUGUUUAGAAUGAAGGGCCGGGAGCGGCUGUUGGACAAGAAGUGCGGUACGCUACCGUACGUGGCACCCGAGGUGCUGGUCAAACCGUACCGUGCAACACCGGCCGACCUGUGGUCCUGCGGAAUCAUCCUAGUCACAAUGCUUGCUGGAGAAUUACCAUGGGACCAGCCGUCGUCCGGAUGUGCGGAGUAUCUCUGCUGGAAGGAAAACAAGUACACUACCUCAACGCCCUGGUGCAAGCUGGACACGCUCACGCUGUCGCUGUUGCGCAAGAUUCUCGUGGCCAAUCCAGCCCAACGGCUAACGCUCGACAAACUGCAGGACCACAAAUGGUGCCAGACGCAGUUCCACCUACAAGGCAUUGCCGAUAUAGGUAUGGGCGCCAACAACGGUGUAGGUGGUGCGGGUGCCGGUGGUGCUGGUGGAGGCUGCGAUGUCAUCGACGGGCGGCCGUCGCCACGAGCCAAACGGCUCUGCUCCAACCAGGACAUCUCGAGCCCGCUGGACGAUUCCAUCUCGCGCAUGUGCCAUUCGCAACCCGUCCCAAUGACCGUGCACACCGAGAUGAACGGUGUGGAGGAAGCGAUCGAGGCCCGGAACGGGUUCUGCUUCUCGCAGCCAACCAUGCUGGACGAUCUGAUCCUGUGCACGCAGCUCAACCCGACGCAGAGCGUUGGCACGCAGCAGCAGCAGCAGAAUCCGUUCCAGCGGCUCGUUCGGCGCAUGACCCGCUUCUUCGUGUCGACGCGCUGCGACGAAACGCUGAAACGGUUAUCGGCCGUGCUGGAAAAGCUUGGCUACGGCUGGAAAUCGAACGACGAGGGCGUGAUUACGAUAUCGACGAUCGAUCGGCGGAAGCUGCAGCUGAUCUUUAAGGCGAACAUCGUCGAGAUGGAUGGUAAGAUCCUGUGCGACUUCCGGCUGUCGAAGGGCUGCGGGCUGGAGUUUAAACGGCGGUUCAUUAAGAUUAAGCAAAGCCUGGCCGAUAUCGUGAUGAAGGGCCCGGUCACCUGGCCGAUCGCGAUCGCGACCAACUCUGUGCCUUAAGGAGGAGGGGGAGGGGAGACGAAUUAUUUGUUCUUGUGUGUGGAUAAAACACAGACACAAACGCGCUCAUUCAGGAUUCAUACGAAGGAUUCAGAAGGUCAGAAGGGGUCAGAGGGGGAGAGGGGAUAGUUGUUUUAAAGUGUUGUAUUAUAGCUGCGAAAGAAUAUCGCACGAAACGAAGAUGUAGAUGUGGCGUCGUUGGGAGAGUUGGGGGGUAAAUAGGAAUGAAUGUGUUCGAAACACUGACUCUGAUACGCUCUGUGAGCGCACGAAUAUUAUAACGUCCUCUUUCUAGUGCCAAACAAAGUUGUGUACCGGUUUAUAAAGGGAAGACAACAUCCGGAAGCGGAUGACGACAUUAUUGAGAGAGAAUCAUUGUUUUUUUUUUGGCUGGCUAACCAAGAGAGUGAGAGUGCAGAUGGAUCAUUUAAUACGUUUUUGGUGAGAGGCACCAGCGUGUGUAGCGCGCCUUUUUUACAAUUCCUUCACUACACUAUCCGCAUCGAAAUGCACGCGAAGAAGAAACUGUGUAAACUUUACAUCUCCUAGAGCUUCCUUCCAAUUUUUGUACACAGAAUAUAAGACGCGACACACAACGCGCUUAGUUAAGCAACAGAGUUUGUGGCGCGGGUGACACGGUUGUGUUGCGUUAAAAUACACGACACAUGUUUUUUCUAUACGACAA